AUGAGCACCGUAGGUGGCAACAGCGCCGGGCAUGGCGCCCGGAACGCCAACAUCGACCAUUAUGACAUCGAGAUCGGCCUUGACUGGGGCACGUUCAAGUGGGUGGCUGCGUACGCAUUAUCCUUGCAGGGAGAACACGUCGUAACGCCCUCGCCCCUCAUGAUCUCAGACGUGAGCCAUAAAGUGCGUAUGAUGGCUACCUGGGACCACCAAAACCGCUUCAUCCACGGCUAUGAGCUCCAAGGCUUGGCCAACAGAGACAGGAACAUCUCGGACAGGAUCAUCGACCACUUCAAGCUCGGUCUGUCCGACAGUCCUGAAGUCUCUAGCAUCAGGGCCAGAAAUGAGAGAAUCCUCGCCGACAUUCCUGGAAGAGACUUCAAUGCUCUGAUCACCGAGCACAUGCGAGCUGUCAUUGCAGACAUCAAACAAUCCCUCCGCGAUUCUGCUGAACUGAAGCUACGCUUCAACGAGGCCCAGCGCGACAAGCUACUCGACCGUUUGCUCGUGCGCAUCACUGUCCCGCAGAUGCGAGUCAAAGUGAAGAAUGGAAGGCUCUCGCCCGAUAUUCUCAAAAAGGGCGACGUGAUGGCUGUGAUGGACCUGGGCUCAGGCACUGGCGAUUUUGGUGCUUUCCUGCUUCGCGAGCUGCUGACCUCGUCGAGUCGCCUCGAUAUGACCGGACAUGGCAGUAGUGGAGAACUGUGUGGCUCUUUUCGAGUGGAUCAGAAUCUCUAUGAGGCGAUCAAGAGGCGCGAAGGCCGGGAUUGGGUUGUCAACUCUGUCUCUGCGCUCCAAGUAGCAGAGCGUGACUUUGAACGCCGCGCACUCAUUGCGAUUGAGGAGAUCAAGCAGAACUUCAAAGAGACGGAUGAUGUGUGUUUUGGCAUGAUCAAAGGCAUUGGUGCUGCUGCCGUACCAAUCAGCUUCACAAAGGAGGAAAUCAUCACGGCUCUCGAUGAAGUCAUCGCCAGGAUUUUCAGCGCCAUGGACAAGCUCGUGUCAAAGCAGACGCCAAGUUUGAUCCAGGUCACGGGCGGCUUCGCGAAGAGCUGGUAUUUGAUGAAGCAGAUUCGCGAGAGAUACAGCAGUGAGCGAACGGUAGUCGUGCGGCCAAACGACACCGACGUUGGCGCUUGCUUUCCAGUGGCUGUGGGCUCGCUGCUUCGAUACGACAACAUCACUAUGCAGACUCUCCCAUCGCAGUAUGGCUACGCUUUGCUCCAGCGAGAGGUGUACCUCAAGGAUGUACACACAGAAUCGCGCGACGUCAGCAAGACCGGGAAGAGAACUUACCAGAAGCCAUGGGUUCUGGGGAGCCCAUACCAAAAGAAUGUUGACAUUGUCGAAGAUCGCAUCCUCAACAUCGUGCCAAAGGGCACAGUCAUGAAGCCAGGGGACCACGUCCUGAAGUUCAAGCGGAAGCUCGACUACUUCGUCCCGGUGGACAACCCUCGUAUCAACGACGAGUUUGUCUAUCUUGACAAGACUUUCCACGACCACGCUGCCUCUCGCGAUCAUGAGAAAGAGCAGCGCAACCUCAAGCCUGGUGAGCCGCAGUCGGCUGUGAAGCGGAUCUUCCGUGACGGAGUCCACCACUGGGUCUCUCUCGACAUUGCGCUACCAGAGGCGCAGAUUCAGGGAUUCAAGAAGACGAGGGCUGCAGAUGGCAAGGACUAUUACGAGCUUGAGGCUCGUGUCGUAGUUCGGCUUGUGUUGGAGGACAUGCAGAUUGACUUCGAGAUUCUGAAGCCCACGAAAUCUGGCAAGCGCAAGGCCAAGAAGGCGGACGACGAGAGAAUGGAGGUUGACAGCGGUGACGAGCUUCUGGACGAUGUGGCGUUCGUAGUGAGGGAUAGAGUCUGGGAUGGUGCUCACUCUGAUUUCGCCCAGGCCUGA